UUGUGUGGAAGUAAAGCGGAGCAGCUCACAAGGGAGAGAUCUUUAAAGGGGGAGUAUCCUUUUUAUAGUCUCACUGAAGAUCACAAUCUCUUUAGACUUCCAUAAAAGGAGACUGGGGUACAAUUUCUUUGUGAACCACCUUGCCUUAAAUGAUCUCCACUGGACAGGAGUAUAACUAGAUGCUUUAUUUUCUUGCAUUUCUUUCUAUUGGUUUGUGACGCACAGAUGGACAAGCAGCUGAUUCAGGAGGCAGAUCCCUGUGCAGCAGACUCUGAAAGCAAGGUCCCGAAGGCAUCUUGAAAUAGAAAUUCAAAAGAGGAAAAGGAGGGGGAGAUUUUUGAGUGAGAGCAUCGGUAUGCCAGGCUCAGUACCCAGCAUGGCUGUGCAGAAGAAACAGAGUGCUGACCCUCCAUCGCAGGGACCACUUUCUACACGUACCACUGACAGACCAAGGAAGGGGAAUGGAUUUGAAAGAAUGGGAGUGGCUAAUGGACUAAAUGUGGACGAGAGGCUUAAAGCAGCACGAGAAAGAAGAGAAGCUCACCAGAAGUUACUUGCCUCUCGGGAGCUGAGCAGGUUGGAGCGGGAACAGCAGGCCAGGCGUUACUAUGAACAACAACUGCAGGAGCGCAAGAAGAAACUCCUGGAGCAGAGACUCAAAGAGGAGAGAAGACGUGCUGCUGUGGAAGAAAAGCGCCAGCAGAGGCUGAAGGAGGAGAAGGCGCGAUAUGAAUCUGCAGUGCGCAGGACACUGGAGAAGAGCCAAAGGGCCCAAAAGAACCUCAGCCAAAACACAAGAGGAAGGAAGCUCACCAAAAACGUUCCACGUCGCUCACCACUGACCGCAUGGGAGAAGAAUUUGAUCAGUCGCCUUCUUACCCCUACAUGCUCUUUUCUGGCCAGGAGCAAGAGUGCUGCUUGUCAGUCAGGGGAAGAAGUUGUCCAUGUUUGUCGCCGUGCAGCUUCAUUUCACUCCAUGACCACCACCACCCCCACCUCUCACCAAACCCAGCACCACUCUGGUUCAGUUCAUCACAGGCCGUCUGCCUCUCCCAGUCCCAACAACAGAAACAACAGUCUGGCACAGAUCAAAGCAGCAAAACAGCAAGAUGCUUAUAAGAAGAACUCAAACAUUAGAUCAGCUAGCAUCAACACCAGUGUCAAACCAAUCACUGUUACACAAAGCAGAACAGCCUCCACCUCACCAGAACAAACCCCUCAAAGAUCAAUCAGCAGACAGCCAACUCCACUGCAACUUGAGCUCCCAUCGGUCCCUGAGGAAGAUGUGGUGGUUUGUACUUCUGCCCUUGCUCCUGGUAACGCAAGGCCUGCCAGAACAUCAGCUGAGGCUCAGCAAAAUAAAAUGAGAGAUGAAAAUCCAACAGAGACUCUUUGUUCCAGCCGGCCUGACCCAGAGACAGAAGCUAUAACUAGAACAGCAGGAAAUGGAUGUCCUUCCCAGGUGCCACCUCAUCCAGCUUCACAGCUUCCUGAAGUUGUGUGCAGGCCCUCAGCUGGAACCACAGACCCAGAAGAGGCCUCGCGUCUCUUGGCUGAAAAGAGGAGAGAGGCCCGACUACAGCGGGAGAGAGAGGAACAGGAGCGCCUGCAAAGAGAACAGGCCGAGAGGCGAAGUCAUGAAGAACUGGAGUACAGGAGGGCAAAGGAGCGAGCACAACAGCAGGCAGAGGCUCAACGUCUGAUAGAGGAGAAGAAGAGAAGGGAGGAAGAAGAACAGAGACGAGCUGAGGAAGAGAGAGCCCAGGCCAUGAGGGAAGCUGCCCUUCUACAGAAACAGAGAGAGGAAGAACAAGCCAAAGAGAGGGUAAAAGCAGAGCAUAUGAAACAAGAGCGAGAAAUACUUGCACGGAAAGAGGAAGCAGAACGACAAGCAAGAAAACAGCGUCUUGAGGAGAUCAUGCGGAGAACCAGGAGGACAGAUUCUCCAGACAUGAAAGCAGUGCCCAUUGCGAUAUUGCCAAAUGACACCCAACCAAAGGAGAAUACAGAGCUUAUGGAAGAUGGUGUCAGGCUCCCAGUGGGGACAAAGUCCUCACAGCUGAGGCUGAACAGUGAGGACGACAUAGUACCUGUUGUGGUCUUCAAAGAACGGAGGUCUCUCAGAACACUUACCGGACUGGAGGAAAUCCAGACCCACCAACGAGCAGAGGUCAUCUGAGCACCUGCAAAGUGGAGAGAAGUUCAAAGAAUUUGCUGAGAGCUGUGAAUUCUCUGUGAAAGACGGAAAUGACUGCAGAACAGCCAUUUUGCUGCCCUUAAGCAUCUUGAAAGAGCAUGUAAAAUUAUAGCCUUGGACGUCAGCAUUUGGUCACUCUUCUGUGUGGAACAAAUACUGUGGAAGUUGCAAAUUCAUUUCUUCAGUACAGCAGGUUUCUGAACUAAUAUCUAAAACACAGUAGAUGUAGACUGCUAUGAUGAUAGUUUGCUAGAAAAUGCAGUCUAACAGUUAUGGAGAGUGUUGCCUCUGUGAAAUGCUAGGAAUAGCCAUUCUAACAAUCACAUAUGUUAUACCAUAUGGUUCUUACUUAUUCCUAAUAUUUCUUUCUAAGCACUUUUCCUUCCUCGGUCUUGUCACAGUGGAAUUAGAAUAGAUCAAAUUGCUGUUUGCACUAAGAGUUUAAGGCGUUAGUCAAUGUUCACUUCCUGUGUAAAUUCCUAUUUUAACCCUCUGAAUUUGUGAAGUAUAACAAUCACAUAUUUCAAAGCUGCUAACUUAGAUUCCAAAGACUUUGCUUCAGUUUUAUGAGUGGUGUUUUAGAAAAUGAUGCAAAGCAAUUAUUGCACAAUCAUUAACAAAGCAAAGUCUGAGGUGUAGAGGUUAAGAGUUUAUUAUAAUAAAAACAUAUAUUAAAAAAAUCAGAUCAAUAUUCAACAUUUGAUCUUAUAGUUGGAGUAUUGCUUAUUACUAUCAGUUGUUAACCUGUUGAAAUGUCUGCCAUAUUUGAUUAAAGUGGAUACUAUACUGAGUCCCUUGUUUCAGUUAAUAUGUUGACUUUAACAAUUAAGUAAAACAAAAAAA